AUGGCGAAACAAAUCUACGAUUACACUGAUAGACUGAAUUUUGUGGGCGAAUGGUUCGAUUACAAAGCUUCGUUUUUAAAAAAAUUCGUUAUUAAAUAUUAUCCAUCUGACAAUACUUUAGAGCUGUUCGAUAAAGAUGUAGGAAGAGUAUUUUUAAAACGCACGAAAUUGGAGGAAUUAACCAUGGAAGACAUGUUCGUCGGUAACACAAUUAGAGUUUACGGCAGACAAAUAAAAAUCACCGAUUAUUUAGAUUGUCGUACCCAAAACUAUGUUGGAAAAUUCAGAGAGAAAACUUGUGCUAUAUUAAAACCUAAUAUAAUAGAUAAAUUUGGUGAAAUUAUAAGUAUUAUCGAACACCAUAAUAUAAUGAUAUCAAAACUAAGAAGGUGCGAACUGACCAGAAAGCAAGCAUUAGAUUUCCAUGCAAAUAUGAAAGGUAAUCCAGUCCUUCCAGCUAUAUUGGAAUUUAUAGUAACUGGACCAAUUAUAGUAUUAGAAUUGGUAGGUGAAAACGUUGUACAAAAAUGGAUGGAUAUAAUGGGCCCAGCACAUCCUAUAGAAGCAAAGAAAGUUGCGCCCAACAGUUUAAGAGCAAUAUACGGUAAAGACAGCGAAGCUACUAACGGUUUUCACGGUUCACUAACUGUUGAAGACGCUGUUACAGAAUUGGAAUUCUUUUUUUCUAAUAGAGACGACACUCCGGAACCAUUAGCGCAGUUUGAAAAUACUACGUGUUGUUUAAUUAAACCUCACGCUAUUCAAGAAGGCAAACUAGGACGUAUAAUAACCACAAUAACUAACUCCCACUUUAAAAUUACGGGUGCACAUAUCGUGUAUUUAUCCAAUGCCAAUGCUGACGAAUUUUUAGAAGUUUAUAAAGGUGUUGUGAGCGAUUACAAUGCUUUCAUGUUGAGUUAUCUUAAUGGACCUUGCGUGGUGUUAGAAAUAGCGGGUAAAAUGAGCGAAACAAAUGUACACGAUGAAUUUAGAAAAUUUACCGGACCUAUGGACACUGACAUUGCUAAGCAGAUUCGGCCAAAUACUUUAAGAGCUAUGUUUGGUGUUGAUAAAUAUAAGAAUGCCGUACAUUGCACUGAUUUACCUGAAGAUACUGUUCUCGAAUUGGAAUAUCUUUUUAGAGUACUUAAAGAUCUUUAG